AUGGAGAUGGUCAUCACGGCGCUGUUCUUCCUGCUGUACCUGCUGAAGCUCGACAAGAAGAUGAGCUGGCUCUUCUGGCCUCUGGCCGAUAUCUUCAACUCGGUGAUCGCAGCGUUGUUCCUCCUCAUCGUGUGCCUGUUUGCAGUAAUAAUCAAGACCAACAAGGGCACGCUGGCUGGAGGA